AUGCUUACAGACCAGCAGAUGGGGAUACUCAUCAAGUACUACCAAACCAUCCACCUCACUGGUGAACAAAAAGAUCGAUUAAUUAAAAAGUACUGGGAGGCGAACGGAGAGGACCGGAAGGAGAUCGCGAGGGCCUAUGCCCAUCUCUUCGCCCAAGACGCCGGCUUCGUGCAGCGGCUCAUGUUUUACCACGACCACUACAUCAGCCACUGUUCAGGAGGGAGGGCAGGUGGCGCCGCCUCUCCCUCUGCGUGGGAUCCCGCGCCGAGCGGGAGCAGUGACGGGGGAAGCCCCACCCCCAGCUCGCCCUUCUCCGGCUCGAACGGCGGGUUCGCCCCGCCGCGGCGGCUCACCCACACCCAGCGUCUCGUCCGCACCGCGAUCCAGGAUCAGUUUCCCCGUCUCCCCGGCCCGGGCCCCUACGCCCUCCGCUUCGCCCUUGUCCAGUCCGCGGCGGAGCGGCAGGCGGUGGUGGAGCUCUACGCCUCUCAGUUUGAGUACCCCGACCCCCAGGAGUUGCGGCGGCUUGUGACACUGCCGCAGUCCCUCUCGACACGGACGCGGCGGCGGGUGCACGGGAGUUACACCUGGUACCUCCACUGUGACACCACCAACGAGGUCGUGUGUGCCGUCACCGUGACGGUGCAUCACCACCAGACGCACCGCUUUGUCGAGAUGCCGCUCUUCGCGACCGCGGCAGGGUACAAGCGGAACGGCUUUGGCCGACUCCUCAACGCCGCCCUCGCGGCGUGGUGCCAGCGGAAGGAGUUCGAGUUCGUGAUGAUCUCCGCGGACGUCCAGGCGAUCCCGUUCUGGCGGCACUUGGGGUAUGAGAUGAUGUCGAAGCGGGAGCGCAACGGAAUUGCGUUCUUUUAUGAGCACGAGUGCUAUAAGUUCAAGGGGGCGGAGGCAAUGAUCGGGUAUUGCCGGCCCUCGCACGCGGCCGCGUCCGCCGCAUCAUCGACCUCACUUGCUGCGGAUGCUAAGACGGAGGCUGGACGGGAGGACUCCAAGAAAACACCCGUGACUUUGUUGUAUAAUCAGCGACCCGAGAUUGUGUUGCAGGGUAUGCCCAAGUUCGUCGUGGUGGGUCCGCUAGAUCUUCCUUAG